UGUUCUUCUUCUCCGGCGACGACGCGCAGCAACGCCGUUCCGGGCCGCGACCUAGCAAUGUCGAGCUCCGCUUCAGCCUCCCGCCGCUCAUGGCCGCGCUAUGGCGCAGUGCCCAUGACAAGGUGCCCUGCAUGCCCACGUAUCGCACCCCUGAAGCGGCUAGUCACAACGACCGACAAGAAUGGCAACCUUGGGCGGGAAUUCGUGAAAUGCGAGAGCAAACCAGAGCAGGGAAAGAAAUUGAAGCAAUGCACCCAUUUUGAGUGGCUAGAUGAGUACAUAGAGCGGAUUCAACUGGAGGGUGCAUCAGGGGAGCUCGAUUUACCGUUGGAGGCGGAGAAGUUGGGCAAGUUUGGAACGGGCCCGUCUGGAUCUGGGGCCCCUGGAUCUGGCAAUUCCACUGGGGGCGCCCAUUCCAUUAGUGCUACUGUGGGGGAUGCAGGAGUGACGGCAGAGCUGAAGAAGCUGAACAAGCAAAUGAAGAAACUCAUCGAAUUGCAGAAGCAGGGCAAUUUGAUGGGGCUGAUGGCCGGACUUUUUUAUGUUUGUGUAAUUGCUCUCGCAUUUGUUUAUGUGAUGAUAAUUAGUCGUAAGUGAAUAGAUUGGGCAUCAUUUGUAAUCGUAAUGAUAUGGAUGUUUGAAUAAAAGUGUUGCGUUGUACGAAUUCGGCAUGUCUUCUCCACUCUGUUUCGGCCCCUUUUUUCAAUUCUUCAGUUCGUCAUCAGUUUCUGUGGUAGAGGGAGAAAAGGAAAAAAAAAGUCCGUCCACAGUUGCCCGAAAAGGCCAGGCCCAUAUAGAAGUUAGGCAGGGCCGAAUAGAACAUAUCCAGGCCCAUUGAUAAAAGAAGUGUAGCUAGUGAAAAAAAAAAGUGCACACGGUCAUUGACAUCGAUAUAUCUUUUCGGCUUUAGGUUAUUUCACAAAUUUUAAGUUUCCUGCAGUCACCUUUUUUGAGAUAACUCGUCUGAUAAUUAUUUGAGCUAUUUUUAUGCACAAGCUAUCGUGUCCGAUGGUAGGGUCCCGUGUUGUUUCGCCUAAAACAAAAGGUUGGUUCUAGUUAGCAGUCUAACUUGCAGUCUUUGUGAACCAAAAAAGUUGCAAUUGUUUGGUUCUAGUUUAUUUCAACCAAGCACCAUUUUUAAAUUUUUUUGAUUUGUGCUAUGGUGUUUUCAAAGUUUUUACUCGUGUGUUUCAACCAAAAAGGUUGUGCCCCUCUCAAAAAAAAAAGACAUCUAAUAUGCCCCUAGUAGCAUCUCCUUACAACAUAGAGGGGCAUCCCCUUACAACAUAUAGUGCAUAAA